AUGGCGGCACCCGCGAGCAAGACAAUUGGCGAUCUCAAUGGCAAAUGGGUCAUGAACAAGACGCUAUCCGAUAGUCCCGAACCCGGCCUGGCGCUGCAAGGGAUCGGAUACCUGACGCGCAAGGCCAUUGGCUUUGCGACCGUGACGCUCGAGGUCAAGCAGUACACGGAGGAAGGGGUCCCGCACGUGGACAUUGAGCAGACGGCCACGGGCGGGCUCAAGGGCACGUCGGAGAAGCGCACCGUCGACAACACGCCCCGCGAGCACGCCGACUGGCUGUUUGGCAAGGUCAAGGCCCGGUCCUUUUUCAUCAAGCACGAGGACCUCCCCGGCCGCAUCCAGGCCGAGCUCGGCGGCGACGAGUUCCUGGCCGGCGACUGGAUCGUUGCCGACGAGGAAAAGACGGGCCCCGACGGCGCCCUGCACCUGGUCAACUGGGUCGAGGCCGAGGCUGGUUGGACAGCUGCCCAGGUCUGGGGAUUCCAACUCAUUGGCGGCGAGCGGAGAUAUGCGCGAAACAUUGUCAUCAAGAAGGGGGACAAGAAGGUUGAGUUGAGAUUGGUGUACGACUUUGUGUCAGCAUAG